UCGAAAUUAAUCAUCACAUCGUAAUGCUAUGGACUUGUAAUUCGUUGUUAUUGGAAACGAUUUGUCAUAGUUGUCUAUCAAAACCGAAAAUCUUUUCUCCAACGAAUAUGAAGGACUUCUCGAUAUUAUGCUUGACGAUAGCCACAGUAUGCAUUCAAUAUAUUUCUGCUAGAACUAUAGAGGACGAACUCAAGGAUUUUUGCGACAUAAUGCCAAAUGAACAGAUGAAAAAAAUUGCCGAAGCCCAUAUUAAAACUGACAAGGAAUUCAACGAAGCUAUCAUCUUCCUCCAGAGUACUGCUUGGGCCAGUUUGAUCCGAGAUGUUCAACAAAACUCCGAAUGGAAAAAACUAAAGAGAAGACUCAACGAUACAGGCUUGAAUAUCGACGCUAUGUUAAAAUCUUUCUUCAGUAUAAUUACAGAUCUGAAACCGAUUCCAAAUACAAGGAAAACUCGUCGAAGUCUAAGAGCUUUCUUCGACGACAUCGAACUGGUUCUUCCCAUCGGCAAGCUCUUAGCCAUGUUGCACGAGAAGAAGCAAAACAGCACGGUGUUUCAAGAGUUCUACAAUAAAAUUUCUUCAGAAGAAGUUCAUAAAAUGUUCGAAAGUGUGAGGAAACAACCAGAAAUGAAGCGUAUAAUCAUCGAGCUGAAAUCUAUGGGUGCUAGAGUCGAUGACAUGCUAGAACUCUUCUAUGGUUUCAUGAAUUGGGACUCCCCAUCUCGUGUCACUCGUAGAGAUUCAAGUAAUACCAGUUUAAAGGAAGAUUUUGAAGAUUUCAAGAGACUGAUUCCAUGGGAGAAACUGAGGAAUAUAUCCGAUGAACAUUUGGCCAACGACAAAGAAUUCGGGGAAGUUGUCACGUACUUCCAAGGACCUGAGUUUGCAAGAAUUGUCAAUGCCAUAAAGAUCCGUCCAGAGUACAUAGAACUGAAGACUUAUUUAGAAGAUGCAGGUAUAGACAUCGAAGGUAUCAUCAAGUUCCUCUCUGAUCUCAUUAUGAGCGCUAAGCCUGGCUGUAAGACAAAAGUGGAAAAUGCGGAAACGAGAAAGAUCAGAAGCUUCAGGACAUACUUGGACGAAAUAGAAGGGGCAAUACCGGUGGGGAAACUUCUUGCUGUAUUCAAUGAUAAGAUGGAGCAUAGUGAAGAAUUCAAAAAAUUCAUAAAGAAAAUUUCUGAGCCGAAAGUGAAAAAGAUGGUGGAAGACAUCCGUGAAUUGAAGGAGUCACGUGAACUAUUUGAGAAGCUACAAGGUCUUGGAGUGAGAGUUCGUGAAACUUUCAUUAUCAUCUAUGCUUUUCUGGGUUGGGGAUCUCCUUUCGAAAAAACGAAAGAUAUCGUUUCAUGAGGAAGUCCGAUGUUCAUGUUUUUGCAAUGUUACUGUUUUCGAUAUUUUGACUUGUUCUGAUUCCUUUUCAACUCUCAAUAAAGCUUAAAAUAUUAUUAAUU